UCUACACCUAGCCACACCUGAACAUACCUCCAGUGAGGUUGGUACUCUCAACCUCCCUGGCCACAAAGCUCGUACAUGUUCUGUGUUGUUCAGUGUCUCUCGCUUGCACUCUCUCGCUCUCUCUGCAAUCAAAAACAUAGACAUGGCUUCCAUUGUUGCAAGUUUGCCUCCUCCAGCACUGGUGGUCCCUCGUAGAAGCAUCCUUUUCAGGAAUCCUCUAAAACUUCUAGUUUCUUCCAUUAGAGAGAGACAGAAUUGUGUGGCUGUUGUUGUGAAGGCUGCUGGAGAAAGCUCCGAGUCAUCAACCUCUCUUAGCAUUGUUAAGUCCGUACAGAAUAUUUGGGAUAAAUCUGAAGAUCGGCUGGCCAUUGUUGGCUUGGGGUUUGCAGCUAUAGUAGCUCUAUGGGCAUCAGCAAAUCUCAUAUCCGCUAUUGACAAGUUGCCGCUUAUCCCAACUGUGCUAGAACUUAUUGGCAUUCUAUACUCUUCGUGGUUUGUAUAUCGAUAUCUCCUAUUCAAACCUGAGCGGGAAGAGCUAUUUCAGAUCAUCAACAAGUCAGUAUCUGACGUUUUGGGCCUGUAAAUCACAUUUGUGUAAUUUUAGAUCAUGAAGCUUUUCUUUGUUAAUGGGACAUGCAUCUUUAUUAGUGGGAAUGAAUUCUUGACCCAUAUUUUUGUUGGUGAAUUUAAGUUUUUGAUACAUCAAGUAAAAUCAAUGAUAUUACCUUGUUUUCUCCAGCUGAUUUAUUCCUCUCGUCGACAUUCAUGGAGGAACAACUGGGAUUGAUGUAAACUCCUACUCUGUAUGAGCUAAAGAGUCCUUUAUAUCUGA